UUUUACGCGUCCGCAAAACAGGUUCUACUUUUGUAGCGUACGGUCGUUAUUUGUUUAUCUCUGCUUCAUUCAUAAAUUGUAUAUUAUUUUGAAUAGUAAAAAUUUGUAUAACAUUUGUUAUUGUUUCUAAUUCUGCUUACACGUAAAUAAAUUAAUAUAUUUGUGUUACUUUUCGCUUUCAUUAUAAUAUUUAAUGCGAAACAAGUGAAAUUAAUAAAUAAAAGAAAAAAAUUGCACGAUUAUUGGAAUAUAUAAAAGGCAGGAAGGUGCAAAAAGAAUAAAUGUGUGUAGGUGUAUAAAAGGAAUGGAAUAAAUUGUGCAAGAAUUGUGAAUGAAAUUCUAAUAAAAGAAAAAUCUUAAUAGAUUUAUUGAAUAGAUAAACCAAGAAUAUGUAAAUAAAAAUAUUUUGCAAUAUAUAAAAUUUGCUACAGAAAAAAAAACAAGUGAGUGUGUAUAACAAAAUAGAAGAAAAAAAGCCGCUAAGGGCCCUUAAACUAAGUAAAAACACCCUUUGCUAAAAAAAAUAUGCAUAAUUUAAAUAAACAAGUGGAAUAGAUACAAAUCGUAAUAAAUCCAUAUUCAAAAAUAUAUUAUUAAAAAGUUUCUUUGAUUAAACUUCAUUAUUACGUGUUACGCCAAUAACAACAACAACAAAAACCACUAAACAGGCCUAAAAAUAUAAAAACAAAACCAAUACAACAAAAACAACAACACCAUUUUUGAGCAUCUCUCCCAAUUGCCCCCACUGUUUUCAUAACAACUUUAUUGUUGAGAGUGAAUGAUAUUUGUGCGUGUGUAACAAUAUUUGUGUUUGUUUAUUUUUGUUUUUGCAUACGAACUAGAAUCAACUAAAAAUAAAUUUUGAAAACAAAAACAACAAAAAGGGGGAAGAGUUGCUUGUUCUUCCCUUAAUUAAUGUGUUGACUUGUUGUUGUUUCUUGUUCGUUUAGAAUUUAAGCGCCCGGUUUUGAAUAAUGGCAGAACGUAAAUUUACCCGGGCCCUUAAUAAGCCGGGUAUGGCUGCACAAUUGCGUGAGACAGUAUCACAAGUUGUUCGAGAGAGUGCAGUGUUGAAUAAACCCCUAGUUGUGGAACCUAUAGACUUUGAAAGCUUUAUCUCCAAAAACAAAACUCUAAUACAAAAUGAUCCCCAAAGAGAAUUGCUUAUAUAUCCAAGUGAUGAUGUAUCGGAAAAAAUUCUACCCCGCAAAUUACGCACAAAAUCCAAAUCGAUAACAGAUCGCUUUGAGCCACCAAAUGAAUCGAUAGUUUGUCCCUUGCAUGGUGCUAACAGUGGUUCCACACCCAACGGAUCACACAAUGUAACACGACAAAACAGCAAUGCUUCCAACAGUCCGCGUUUGACGCAACGUCAAUUAAGUAGUCAAUCCACAGCUUCUAAUGGUUCCAUACAGCAGCACCAGAAUGGUGGUAAUAUUUCACGUAAAUGUUCACAAACCUCAACGGCACAACUUAAUUCAAUUAAGUCACCUACCUCAUCACUGGAAUCAUACGAGUCUGCAUUGUCAACGAAUGGCACAAGUAAAUCCAUAUCUUCCUCCUCAUCAACACUCAAAUCAAGUAAUCUAGCCCAGCCAGAAGACGAUGACGAUUUAGAUACUGUAGGUGAUGGCUUGUCAAAUAAUGGUGUUGGUCCGCCGGCCAAACCGAAAUUUGAAUGUUCACGUUUUACGCGGCAGGCUUUGUACACGUAUCGGGCAAAAAAUCAUUUAAUCCAUUAUAAAUAUCAUGAAUAUGGUGGCACCUGUCAUGAUUUGCCAAAAAAAACUCCCUCUGAAGUUCUUAAAGAAGAAGUAUAUGAAAUCGAUGCCGAUCAAGAUCGUAUUGAUGAGCAAAUGUCUCGCUCUCAAGCUGAUUCCAUUACAAAACAAGGCUUUUUAUUCAAAGGCCCUGAUUCCGGUUAUGAUCGUAUGUUUGCCAAUAUUGGCAACAAGUCUUUUAAAAGAAGAUAUUGCUAUUUACGUCAGGAAGUAGAUGGUACUUAUAUAUUAGAACUGCAUAAGGAUGAAAAACAGGGUGAGGCCAAGGCCACAAUAGUCAUGGACUUUUGUACUGAAGUUGUGCAGAAUCCCAAACGUGGUCGCUAUUGUUUUGAAUUACGUAUGACUGCCGGUCAUAAAUCCUUUACAUUGGCUGCCGAAAACGAAGAUGAUCUCAAGGAUUGGUUAAACAAACUCUCAUCAGUAUUGCAACAAAACAAAAUCCAAGAAGAUAAACGUGUUGCAUCGUUAGAAAGAACACCUCCUCCAAGUCCCAAUACCGUAAUGUUUGGCACUCUUAAGGGUCUGGAUCAAUCUAUGAAUCCGCAACUAAUCAAAUAUGGACGAGAAACAGAUAUAUCCAUAGCUCAGGCUCGACGAGAAAACAGACGACGGCUUUUUGCCAACUAUCAAUCAACAACUAAAGCAACACCAGCCGAUAAUGUAGAUCAGUACAGAGAACAAUUUGGUAAACGUAUAUUCCUUAGUUGUCAGAGUCUGAAAUUCCGCCUACAAUGUCCUUCUGAUAGUCAAAGUACGGCAGAUGGCAGUCAUGUGUGUCAGGUCGAGCCUUAUAUAACUAGUCUGGCUCUGUAUGAUGUACGCGCAGGUCGCAAACUUACAGAAUCGUUUUACUUCAAUAUAAAUGAUGAGCAUGUUCGUGAUAUGUUACCCACUACGCCGGUGCCACAAUCGGUGGCCACUUCAAAUGUUCCCAAAAAAGAUGUGCACGAUGAACGCACCAGAAGUACUUCGCAAGCCUAUAGUACGCUUAUAGAAAAUCUUUCGGCGGAAUUACAAAAAUGCACAAAGGAGCACUUUGCCCAAUUGAAACAGGCUUUAUUCUCUGUCACCUCUCCUCAUCCAGACAUAUUUCUUGUCCUUAAGAUAGAAAAAAUCUUGCAAGGAAAUAUAGUACAGGCCGUAGAACCCUAUUUGAAAGCCAAUAGAGAUCCCAGAUUUGCUCAAAAAUUGCACAAGAAUAUACGCAACUAUUCCCAGAAUAUUGGUCAUUAUAGACAACCAUUUGCUUGGGCGGCUAAGCCAUUGUUUCGUCUGUACAGCAGUGAAUUAGAUACGGAAAAGGAUGGUGAAUUUGAAUUUAAUACCAUCUACCGACAAGAAGUAAAUAAACUCAAAGACGAAGAGUUGUUAAAACUAUUAUCCGAAUAUCGAAAACCAGAUAAAUUAAGUAAACUGACGGUAAUACCGGGUCAAUUGAAAUUAAUGAUUGAUGAGGUGGAAAAGGUGGAAGGCUCAUUUACCAAAUCAUUAGUACCUUUGGUAAAUUUCACCUUCCCCCCUACCAAGCCAGCCACUUUAGAAAUAACUGAAUUCCAAAGUACUUCCGAACGAGAUUGUCAUCCAUUUACGACAUUUUGUAAUCAUUUAUUUGUAUAUCCCUUAAAUUUACAAUUCGAUAGCCAAAAGAUAUUUUCACGAGCUCGUAAUAUUACGGUCGUGGUAGAAUUAAGAGAUUCGGACCAUGAAAAUUCAAAACCCUUAAAGUGCAUCUAUGGCCGGCCGGGUCAAGAUUUCCUAGUCUCCCAAAUUGCUUGUCCCGUUUUACAUCACAACACCACACCUUUGUGGUAUGAAGAAUUAAAAUUACGUCUACCUUUGGGAAUUUUUCCCGAACAUCAUCUUUUGUUUUCAUUUUAUCAUGUUGCUUGUAAUCUGGGCAAAAAACGUGAUGCAAAUGCUACAUUUGAGACACCCAUCGGCUAUGCCUGGCUGCCGUUAUUACAAAAGGGUAAAAUAAAUUUGGAUGAACAAGUCGUAGCAGUAGCAGCCACCUUGCCUGUUGGAUAUUUAAGCAUUCAGCCCUUGGGCUUGGGCAAAGGGCAGAAUUGUGGGCCAGAUAUACAAUGGAUCGAUAAUCAGCGGCCACUCUUUGGUGUGGCUCUGCGCAUGGACUCUACAGUACACACGGCUGAUCAACAUUUACACAAUUUCUUUGCUCACUCCGAGCGUCUAUUGGAGGGCGGCAAAACCUCUGCAAUGCCGGCCGAAACAGAAACCUGUAAAAUAUUAAAAGCAGCCCAUGCCAUUGAUAUUACGACACUCAUCAAUUAUUUACCCACCAUACUAAAUGAAUUGUUCACUUUAUUGGUGCACACUCAAUCCGAAGAGGUGGGCCUAAAUAUUAUACGUUUGCUGAUUAACAUCAUACACAUGAUUAUCGAGGAGGCUGGUCGUAAGGAGUUAUUAACUUCAUAUGUAACCUAUGUCUUCCAUUCACCCUAUUAUUCUCAAAAGACAUCGCGUACUGUCCAUGGUGAAUUGUGCAAACAUUUGCCCUCAAUUCUACAUCCUAAUAAUACAGACUUUUUGGUGGUCAAUAAAUUUAUGCGUUAUUCGGGCAUAUUUUUCGAUUUGAUUGUGAAAAGUAUGUCGCAACAUCUUUUGGAUACGGGCAGAAUUCGCAUGUUAAGAAAUGAAAGAUUUCCCAAAGAAUUUCCCGAAAGAUUGGAGAAUCUUAUUAAGGUAUUGAUACCAUAUCUAAUAUCACGCUACAAAGAUUUACCCGUGGAAACCCAGCACCUUAAUAAGUCGUUAUCACAGUUUGUACGUAGAGCCUUGACCUUUAUGGAUCGGGGUUUUGUUUUCAAAUUAAUACGCUACUACAUGGAACAGUUUUCUCCGGGAGAUUCUCGUGUCUUGCAGGAAUUCAAAUUUAAUUUUCUGCAAGAAAUAUGCCAACAUGAACAUUAUGUGCCCUUCAACUUGCCAUUUGUUUUGAAUCCCAAAAAUCGUCCUCCCGAAAUGAUGCAACAUUUUAAUCUGACCGAGGAUUUCUGCCGGCAACAUUUUUUGUCAGGCUUAUUGCUGCAAGAAUUAAAAAGUAGUUUAAAUGAAGUAGGCAAUGUUCGGAAACAUGCCUUGAUGGUGUUGAAGAAUCUCUUGGCCAAACAUGAAUUGGAUGAUCGUUAUCAAAAUAGAGGUCAACUGUCUAGAAUUGCUUUGUUGUAUGUACCCUGGUUGGGUAUAGUAAUGGAUAAUAUACAAAGAAUCGAUGAUCUCUCAGAAGUUACCACACCCAAUGGCCAUGUCUAUGCCGACUCAGCUUCCUAUACCCAAAGGCUAUCAUGCUCCAGUAGUUAUGUGUUUGGCAAAGAUUCCACCCUGAAUUCCAACACCUCUACACCCAGAGGUAAAAACAGAGCUACGUUACACAUAGAACAUCCUAGUCCCGUAAGAGCUUCCGUACAUCUUAAGGAAACCAACUACUUGGCUGCAAUUGCUGGUACCGUCAUUACAAAUGGCUGUUCAGAUUCUUCUCUCAACUCUUUAACGUCCGAUUCACAAAACUCUCAGGAUACCACAUUGGGUGCCAAUAGCAAUGGUAAUCAUAUAGAAAAUAUGGAUGUGGCUUUAAGAAAUGGCCACAAUCGCUCCAUUAGCGUUACUCAUGCCACGGUCAUGCAAAGAUGUGAUAAAUUCUCAGCUGCCGAGAGCAAAGAUCUUCUGUUGGGUUUUCUGUUUGUCAUUAAACAUCUUUCGCAAGAACAAAUGAUUGGCUGGUGGCAAAAUUGCAAUGAAACCGAGACCAUUAAUUUUAUGACCAUUUUGGAAUUGUGUCUCAUACAAUUUCGUUAUGUAGGUAAGAAAAAUCUGCACUUGAAUGAAGAGUCCAGAGAUGCUCGAGCUUUGAGAGCAGCCAAAGCCAGUACUCUACCAGCCAGAACCUCGCCAGCCGCUUUGGAAAACUCCUCCAAUUUAAAUGACACAGGUACCCUAAAUCUUACACACAAUCGGGAGAAUUUAUUAAGUGAAACUACUAGAAGUCAACAGGCUCUGUAUGAAUCCAAUCUAGCUACAGAGGUGGGCAUGAUUAUUUUGGAUUGUUUGGGACUAUUUGCAGUACAGUUUAAACUCAAACUUAUAGACAGCCUGAUAUUACCCAAAUUGGCGCGUGUUUAUCUCAAGUUCUUGCAACUGGGUCAAUCGGAAAAUCUAUCGAAACAUGUUUUUGCAGCUCUGCGUGCUUUUAUCAACAACUUUUCGCCGGCUCUCUUUAAAGGCAAUGCCAUAUUGUGCGGUCAAAUGGUAUACGAACUACUAAAGGCGUGUGACAGUCGUCUAGUGCAAAUUAGACAUGAAUCCUGUGCCGUUCUUUACCUACUAAUGCGUAGUAAUUUUGAGUUCAGCGGCCGUAAAGGUCUAACAAGGGUACAUUUACAAGUCAUCAUUUCGGUGUCACAAAUGAUUGGCAAUGUAAUCGGUCUCAACAAUGCACGAUUCCAGGAGAGUUUAUCGGUUAUCAAUAGUUAUGCGAAUAGCGAUAAAGCCAUGAAGGGUACCGGUUUUCCAGUUGAGGUUAAAGAUCUUACGAGGCGCGUACGUACUGUUUUGAUGGCCACUGCCCAAAUGCAAGCCCACCAUAUGGAUCCAGAACGUUUGCUAGAAUUACAAUAUUCUUUGGCUAAUUCCUAUGCCUCCACUCCGGAACUAAGACACACCUGGCUGGUGACAAUGGCUCGUAAUCAUGAACAAAAUGGUAACAUUUCGGAAGCAGCCUGUUGUCAUCUACAUAUAGCCGCCUUAAUGUCGGAAUAUCUACGCCUAAAGGGAGGCGGUAGCAUUAAUUGGGGUUCUUUGGCUUUUAGCAAAAUUUCACGCAAUAUCAAUCGUGAUGAACAAGGACUCAAAUUGGAUGCUGGUUCCCAAGACUCUCAAUAUACGGAAUUAAUGCUAUUGGAACAAUUAAAACAAUGUGCCGUGUUCUUGGACUCAGCCGAACGUUACGAGUGUCUGGGAGAAUUGUACAAGUUAAUAUUGCCGAUUUAUGAGAGAACAAGAAAUUACAACGACUUGCAGGAAUCCUAUGAACAUUUGGCCAAAGCUUAUAGUAAAAUAAUAGAGGUUAAUCGUUCGGGAAAACGUAUGCUGGGCAGAUUUUAUCGUGUGGUUUUCUUUGGAAUGAUGUAUUUCGAAGAAGAUCAUGCUGUGGAGUAUGUUUACAAGGAGCCCAAAUUGACUUCAUUAAGUGAGAUUUCAGAACGCUUAGCAAAGCAAUACAAGGAGAAAUUUGGUGCCGAUGUUGUUAAAUUAAUAAUGGAUUCAUCACCGGUUAAUAUAAAUGACCUCGAUCCCAAAUUGGCCUACAUCCAAGUAACACAUGUGAUACCAUUCUUUACCAAAGAUGAACUUGAUCAACGACUUAAUGAGUUUGAACAAAAUCAUGAUGUUGAUACAUUUAUGUAUGAAACGCCAUUUACUAAAUCGGGAGCAGCCAGAGGUGCCGUCGAGGAGCAAUGGAAACGCAAAACCGUGAUAAAAACUACCUAUUCAUUCCCCUAUGUGCUAAAACGUAUACCCGUUAAAGCAAGGGAAAUUAUAGAGUUGAGUCCCAUUGAAGUGGCCAUAGAUGAAAUGCAAACCAAAGUAUCAGAGUUAGAGGAAACCAUACUACCACCAGCCGAUGUUAAAAAAUUACAACUAAGAUUACAAGGCAGUGUAGCAGUACAAGUGAAUGCUGGUCCCCUGGCUUAUGCCCAAGUCUUUUUGGAUCCAAAAAUAGUUAAUAAUUUCUCAGUAGAUCGUGUAGAAGAUUUAAAAGAUGUUUUCAGAGAUUUCAUAGGCGUUUGUCAUACCGCUUUACAAUUGAAUGCCCGCAUGAUAUGCAGCGAUCAAAAGGAGUACCACAAUGCUUUAAAGGAAAACUAUCAGAAGCUGUGCCAGGCCUUAAGCGAUUUGCUGGAUGAACCUUUCCAACCAUUGGAUGACAGUGCCAAUAAUACACAACGCAAUAGCAUGGCCUUAUUUAAUGCCAUAAGUGGAGCUUCAAAUAACUCAAGUACUGCCUAAAUUAAUGUCAACGUUACAACUAUUCGUACUUCCUUAACUAUCUUCUUCAUAGUAGUUAAAAAAAAAAUUAAGAACAAACAAAAAGAAAAAUCCAAAUCCAAAAUUAAACAAACAUAUAUCUUUCAAACGUAGUUUGUGUGUUAUCAUCUCUCUAUAUAUGUGUAUCUGUGUGUAUUUAACAAAAUAUGUUACUAACAACUAAAAUUACAACCUUUUUUACAAUUUAGAAUAAUCACGAAUUUAUACCUAUUCAUUACUAAAUCAUAGUGUCAUAGUUUUAACUAACUGUAGUUAUAUAUUCUGUUUGGUUGGAAAUUUAUUUUCAGAAAAAGCUAUUCAAAAAAAAACGUGUAGUUAUUUAAAUGUCGAAGACUUUUUCCAAAAUAUGAUGGCUACAUAUUUGGGACUUCUAUUUUUUUAUUUUAGAGUUUUGAUCAUCGCAUUGAUAUGUUUUUAUGAAAAUAUCAUCGCAUUUUCUAUAUUUUAUUGUAAAUGUUAUUACAUUUUAUAUUUUCCAUACAAAUAUCAUCGUACUGAAAAUUCUCUGUAGAAAAUAUCAUGGCAUUGAUAUAUUUUUAUAGAUACCCAGCAAAAAAAGUGAGGAAGAAGAUGCAGAAUUUUCACAACAAAUAGCAUGCUUGAUGUACUUCCAAUUUUGGUGAAAAAGCUAUGAAUUUUACAUUAGCUUGUCAUUGGAGGGAUGUUGUUCAUUUUUGACAACUUUUUACUUAAUAAAUUCGAUGCUUUCGAUGCGAUUAAAUUUCGAUUUUAAGGUGUUAUUUUAAUGUAGGUAGUGGAUACCUAUAUUUUUUGGCAUCUUGGAUGGAAAUAUAAAUAAUAGAAAAAAGUGAUGUAAUUGAGCAUUUAUGAAUUGAUUUUAAUGUAGUUAUAAAAUUUAUGAAACAAUGGUUGAUUAAUUUUAAUGAUUAAAAAAUGUAAAAAUUGUUUGUAUACCAAUUUUUACAGGUUUUAAUAAAUUUUAUAAAAUUCAAAAAAUGUAGGAAACAAUUACAUCAACGAAAUAUUUAUAAUUCAGUGUGAAAUACCCAUAUUUAAAAUCACAUCUUCAGAGGUAGAAAAGAUUCAUUUGCAACUUUAGAUGUGAUUAAAAUGUCAUAUGUAAAGAUGCACUUCCAUUAUUUUUUGCUGGGUAAUAUCAUGACAUUGAAAAUUAUCUAUAAAAAAUAUCAUUGCAUUGAACAUUUUAGAUGGAAAAUAUCAUCGUAUUGGAAAUUUUAUAUAGAAACACCAUCGCAUUGAAAAUUGUCUGUGGAAAAUAUCAUGACAUUGAAACUUUCCAUUAAAAAAUAUCAUCGCAUUGAAAAUUUUCUAUAGAAAAAUAAUCGCAUUGGAAAUUUGUAUAUAUUUCUGUAGAAAAUAUAAUUGCAUUGAUAUAUUUAUAUAGAAAAUAUCAUCACAUUGAACUUUUUAGAUGGAGAAUAUCAUGUUCUAUGGAAAAUAUCAACGCAUUGGAAAUUUUCUGUGGAAAAUAUCAACGCAUUGAAAAUUGACUAUGGAAAAUACCUUUUAAAAAUAUCAUCGCAUUGAAGAUUCUUAUUUUCAGAUAUUUUUAUUUUUUAUUUAUUUAUUUUCAACAACCUAGCCUUAUUGGCCAUAACCGGUUAUAAAUUUUGCUAUUGUA